GGCCUCAUACCUGCAUAAAUCUCGGCGUGUGGGUAUGUCUACGGUCUACCACACCCAAAAGUACGUAGGAGUAGCUAGCUAGCGCGCGUGGGACGAUCGGUCUAGCAUGCGGAUCACCGGCGGGCAGGAGCACGCGCUGGGGGAGGAGGCGGCGGCCGUGGUCCGGCAGGCGGUCAGCCUGGCGAGGCUGCGGGGGCACGCGCAGGUGACCCCGCUCCACAUCGCCAGCGCCAUGCUCUCGGCGUCCCCGGCAGCGGCAGCCAUCCUCCACGCCGCCUGCGCCAGGUCCCAGUCCCACCCCCUGCAGCAGCACAACGCGCUCGGCCUCCGCCUAGACAUGGCGCUCGGCCGCCUCCCCCUGGCCAGGCCAGCAUCGGUGAUCCACCACGGUGGCGACCGCGUGGAGCCGGCGCCCUCGAACGCGUUCGUGGCCGCGCUGAAGCGGGCGCAGGCGCACCGGGGGCGCAGGGGCGUCGUGGUCGGCGAGCCGCGAGCAGCUUGUCCUCUCCAUCCUCAACGACCCGAGCGUCGACCGCGUCAUGCGCGCGGCCGGCUUCUGGAGCUCCCAGUCCCAGGUCGGGGCCACCAUGGUAGGCGCCGCCGUCUCGUGGGAGCAGCCGAUUAGGGCAAGUUGCGACGUCCCGAAACUCCAGCCAUCGGUCGUCGCCCACGUCGUCCCGGACGGAAGUGAAUGUCAAGCUAGCAAAGCAAAAUCAGGAACAGCGCAGCCGGCUUUCUUAUGCGGCACCGAGGUGAUCCUGCCUCCCUGGCUCCACCGCUACAAAUGUACAAAAUACACCAGUACAACGUACUGCGGCGCCAGUCUUCAAGCAAACUCUGCUUCCUGCCGUCCGAAGUUCACGGAGCUCACCGCGCAAAAUCUCAAGAUCCUGUGUGGCGCGCUCGAGCUGCGCGUUCCACGGCACGCGAACAUCAUUCCCGGCAUAUCGAGCACAGUGCUUCGAUGCCGGUCCGGCGUGACAAGGCGGAGGGCGGGCGUAUGGCCGACGACCUGGCUGCUCUUCCGAGGAAGGGACAGUGGGGGCAAGACGGCGGUUGCUCGCGAGCUCGCGAGGCUCGUGUUUGGCUCCUACGCCGAGUUCACCACCUUGCAGGUUCAGGGUAACCCCGACAUCCCCGCACAAACCGGCAAACUUGCCCUCAAGAGGCAGAGAUCACCGGACAUCGACGGCGAGGGCAAUGGUGGUGACGUCAGGGCGAGGCUGUUUGAAGCGAUUGUGGAGAACCCUCACCGCGUCAUAUUGAUCGAUGGCGUCAACCGACUGGAUGGCGAUUCGGAAAUGCGCAUCAAGAAUGCUAUCGCGGGAGGAACAAUAGCGAGGGGAUACAACGAUGACAUGGUUGGUUUGGAGGAUGCCAUCGUGGUGCUGAGCUCCGACGUGUGUGACUCGAGGUCUGUGGCUUCCGCUUCCUCCCAACGGGUGAAGCGACGACGUAACAACGCGGACAUGGAAGUGAGACCACGUCGUGGUCUUUACUGGGAUCUGAACAUUUGUGCAGUGGACGGGGAAGAGGAGGAAGACAGUUUGGCUCAUGAUGAGGGGGUCAUAAGUGUGGUCGAUGGUGUUUUCCUUUUCAAUUAGCAGAGGAUAUUCUUUCAAACCAUUCCAGGUGUUUUCAACCAUUUUGAAAAUGGACGCGGCUGGUAUUAGUCAGAGUGUCAGACCAAGUACCAUAUUUAUAGGGGUGCCAACAGAUACUCCGUCAGGUCCGACCUCAGGAGCACCAUGGACAACAGGAAGCUACCACCAGCCACCAGGCUCGCCUGCACCAGCGGCUUCUUCCCAUGCUAAUGUCAGUCUCCCACAUGAGAAGUCCACGUCUACCACUAAUAAUAACUAUAUUAAGACUAAUAUAAACUUUAUACUAAAUCAAAAUUUUAAAUAAGAAUCAUCAGGUAGUUGCUUAUGAAAUAACAUGUAAGAGUGAUCAUAGAGAUAUAAUAGCAAGUGCUAUUAUUAGCACAUAGUUUUUACAACAUUAAUGGUGGUAAAGCAUGCCUUUAAAUUGCUCUGGGCCGAUUUUUCUACAAUAGAGGAUACAUAAACCUUGGGACAUGGCCAAAUCCUGCAACCAAAAUAGUGCACAUGACUUGGUUUUCUAUUUGUUGACUUGGUUUUCUGUUUGUAAUCUAUCAAAGCUGGUUUGCAUGAAAGAAAACCAAUCACACGGUUUGAUUGUUUUCUAUAGUCAACAACAUACAUAGAGGAAUGACCGGGAUAAAGCAUACACACUAUUGUCUUGUUGUAUCUUCGUACGUUGUGGACCAGAUGAAGAGAAGUUGAGGUCGAUCGAUAGGCCGGCGUGCACUCAGGCGGCUGUUGAGGGCCAUGUGCAUGGUGCAGACUUGAGCAUAGUGAGUGAGCAGCACAGGGAAAUUCCAAGGAGCCAACCGCAUGCAGUAGCUAAAUGUUCAACUAGUCUAGACGAUAGCUUGGCAUGGGCAAUGAAGAAGUAAGGAAUUCUAUGGGGAAAAAAGGAGACAUGGACAUGAAAGGCAUGAGAAUUAGGGAAGACGGUCGGUUGGGCUUUCCGAAUCGAAUGAUCACAUUAACAACAAGUGAAGUCUAACCAAAUGGUUGGUAAGGGACUCUUGUCGGACGUCUGGAUGAUCGGACGACGUCAACACAUGUACACAUAGCGAAAAGAAAUGUAGGAUGAUGUGCAUGCUUGAGAGUGCAUGAAAAAUGGUUAUUUAUGGUAGGUUGCAUGCACAUGAAGAGGUAGUGAGAAGCGUUUAUUGCAUGUUGGACAUACUUGAUGAUGUAGAUAUGUUGCAUGUCAAGAUAAAUAGAGUAGUGGUGAUCAUUCUCCUAGAUAUAUAGGAUACUACUAUCUACGUAACGAUGCCUCCUCCCCCCCUCCCCACUAGCCGGCAAGGCGGCUCA